AUGAAGCUGGGGCCCACAUCUCCUCAGCACCUCAUGGCACUCUGCCUGCCCUUCCAACACUGGCCCUUCCCCUCUGUGCCCAUAGCUCUGUGUGACAUGGGUUAUGGCACCGAGGGCGGGACAGUGCUCAUCACCUGCCAUCACUGUGGCCCUCUGACACCCUGUGCACAUGUUGGCCCACCUCACCCCGUCACCCCAUCCGCCCACUGGAACACCCCCACCCCACAGAGCUGCCUCCUCCACGCCUGGGCCACCGCAUAA